CCCCAACUCUUUCACGUAUGUACCAACGGAUACACCGACAACUAUUCGUAGAGACAUCUGCCGUCCUUCGGGGUUUUCUGCCUGCGCGUCCCGUUGAUCGCUCAUGCCACCCACCCAUGUCUCCAACGUUGUAAACCUCGGUGCUCUGGCUUUUUCGGGUGUAGGUCAAAUGCAAAACGUGUGGACCGCCCCUAUGACUAUCUUCAUCCCACCCCGGACUCUCCACACAUUCUGUCGUGGCGCAAGUCUUGGAGGAGUGAGAGAAGAGACGAAGAACAAUGUCCUUUUUCUUUACUCUCCGGAGUUCGUGAUUCCAAACCUUCCUUCUCAACCUUCCACGUUCCUCUUACCGGCGAGUCAGGAAGAACACAAUGUCAACCCUCGAGACUACGUCGUCACCCCUCGACGUUUCCUCGUCGUACUUGUCGGCACGUACUGUGCUCGGCCUCGCCGGCCUCUGGUUGCUGUACCAGGUCGCAAAGGCGCUCUACAACAUCUCGCCUUUGCAUCCGUUGAGCCACAUUCCCGGACCUAAACUGUCCGCAGCCACGUACAUCCCCGAAUUCUACUACGAUGUCAUCCUUUUCGGUCGCUACACCAGGGAGAUUAUCCGCAUGCACGAGCAGUAUGGCCCCAUAGUCCGCAUCAGCCCCCACGAAGUACACUGCAACGACGUCAACUUUUCAGAUGACAUCUACGCCGUCAGCGGUCGCAAGCGCGACAAGCCCGUCCACCAGAUCAACGGCUCUGCCUUGGGCGAGUCUGGCUUCGGAACCGUAAACCAUGAUGUACACCGCACUCGUCGCAUUCCACUGGCCAAGUUUUUCUCUCGCGGCAUGAUUGGGCGUCUCGAAAGCGACGUCCAUGACUUGGUCCAGGUGCUUUGCGACAAGUUGCUUGCUCAGCGGGAGGCUUUCGAUGUGACGAUGGCUUACAGCUGCUUCACGUCUGACGCUAUUUCUGGAUACUGCUUCGGGGAGAGCUUCGGCUUCCUCAGGCAAGAUAGCUGGUAUCCCAACUUCCGGGAGCCGACUGCCUCCAUCUUGAGACCUGUCUUUGUCUUCCGUUUCUUCCCGUGGACCAAGUCCUUUGCCGUUCUUGGAGAGUGGCUCGUAAACUACUUGCCUGCCGACAUCGCUCUGCUCAUCCGCACGCUCAAAAUUGAUAUCCCCAACAAGGUGAAGCACACCAAGGCCGAGCUCGACGCCGGCAUCCGGCACGAACGCCCCACAGUCUUCGGGUCCCUCCUGGAGUCAGACCUGGAGCUGCUCGAAAAGAACCCACAGCGAUUAGCCGACGAGGCGGCCGCCGUUGUCGGCGCGGGUACCGAGACCACCAGCUGGGCCCUGGGCGUCAUCACGUACCACCUGCUCACCAAGCCCCAUCUGCUCAAGAAGCUCCAGGACGAGCUGAUUGCCGUCGUCGACGACCCCAAGCACCUCCCCGGCUGGACGAGUCUCGAGAACCUUCCCUACUUGGGUGCUGUUCUCCAGGAGGGUCUGCGUCUUUCGUAUGGCGUCUCUGCGCGUACUGCGCGGGUGGCUACUGAGGAGAACCUGGUCUACCGCGGCGAGUUCAACAAGAAGCCUGUCGAGUAUGUCAUCCCUGCUGGGUACGCCGUUGGCAUGUCUGCUGUUAUCACGCAUCAUGACGAGACUGUGUUUCCCGACUCGUACCAGUUUAUUCCCGAGCGCUGGCUGGAUGAGAACAACCAACGUCGCAAGGAUGUUGAAAAGGGUAUGCUUGCCUUUUCCAAGGGCAGCAGAUCUUGUUUGGGCAUGAACCUGGCUUUGUGUGAGCUCAACUUGUGCUUGACAGCGCUUGCUCUGCGUGUCCUGCCCAAGAUGCGUCUUCAUGAGACGACGGAGGAGGACGUUCUUUAUGAUCACGACAUGUUCGUUCCCGUGACUAAGUCGGGGUCUCAAGGUGUGCGGGUGACGAUAGUCUAACAGCCUUAGAUUGUUUCCCAUGCUUAUUUCGUAGACUUGAUUAUCUAUCACAAGUGCCGCGCUCCCGGCCGGCCUAGUUUAUUUCUUAAUCUCAACUAUUCCAAAAACAUGCAUGCCAGAGUGGAUGCCUUCGUCUCGCUAGAUUCCAGCGGAUAGGCCCCCAGGUCGAAUGAAUAACCCAAUUCGGGACGGCUCGGGUUGGUUGUCUCUUUCUUCGAGCUUUUCACAACUGGGGGGGGCGGUGACCGGUCAGAUCAGAAUUGGGCAUGUCACAUCUUGGAACCCGAAAGCGGUAGAGCGGCUCGUCUUAUUCUCGUACGAGACGACCAUCCAACAACGGCUCCCACAAAUUCAAC